AUGGCACCUACACCCGGCAUUCUCUACGUGACCAUGCAGCCCAAACCCGGGCUGCCAGAAGAACAAUUUCACGAUUGGUACAACAAUGAACACGGUCCUACAAGAUUACGCCUAGAUUUCUGCGAGAAUGGCUUCAGAUACCGCGCGAGUGAUUUGGAGGGGGAGAAACCAUCACAAUCGAAACCGGAAUGGAUGGCUAUAUACGACAUCACAGAUAUGGCCGAGUUGACAAAAGAGACGUAUUUGCGACUUCGCGGGCCUCCAGUCAAGACUCAGCGAGAGGCGGAUACGAUGGCACAAAUUCAUGUUGAUCGGAAGUUAUAUGAGUUUAUAGAGAGUAGGGAAUCGAAAGAAUUCAAGAGGUUGGAACUUGUAGAAAAUGAGGGGCGGGGAAAUGUCAUUGUUGCGGUGUUUUUGGAUGUUAACGAGGGGAUGACAGAUCAAUUGGAUAGGUGGUAUAAGGAGGAACAUAUCGACAUGUUAUCCAAAGUACCUGGAUGGUUACGAACUCGACGAUUCGUCACUUCCUCGAUUGAUCCGAAAGCUCCAAAGGAAUAUCUCGCACUGCAUGAAUAUGCACCGGAGAAUGGAUUGGGAGGACCAGAAUUCCAAGCUGUGACUUCGACGCCAUGGACACAGGAGAUUAUGACGAAAGUGGUGAAGGAUAAAAGGAGGAGGGUUUAUGAUUUAUAUUAUACAUUCGGCCCAGCACCGCGUCAUCUCUCACCUAAACUCUCAGACUGGACAUCAACAGACCCAACAUCUCCCUUCCUAACUAAAAUCCACUCAACAACACCCACCGACCUACCCACCGGCGCAAUAGAAUCCCACAUCACCACCCCCGACGGCAUCAUCAUCCCCUACAUCCUCACCGGCUCCUCCUCCCCCUCCGCCCCCCUAAUAGUCCUCUCCAACUCCAUCCUCACAACCCCCACAAUCUGGGACCCCUUCCUCACAUCCUUCUUCUCCAUCCCCUCCAACCAAAAAUACCGCGUCCUGCGCUACUUCAAACGCGGUCGUUUCCCAGACUGCGGCACGCAACCCAUAACAAUCGACGUUCUCGCCGCCGACAUCAUCGCCCUCCUCGACGCUUUACGCGUUCCAAAGGCCGCAGCAGUCAUAGGUGUAUCCCUCGGGGGCUGCACAACCCUCAACCUCGCCCUCACCCACCCCGAUCGACUCGAGAAUUUCAUAUCCUGCGACACCUCCGCCGCCUCACCGCCCGGCAACGCCAAAGCCUGGGGCGAACGCAUCGCCAUCGCCUCAUCCGAAGCCGCCAUCUCCCCCUCGGGCCUCCCAAUAGUAGGCCAGACCCUCGCCGAGAAAACCACACGUCGCUGGUUCGUCCCCGAGUCCUACUCUCAUCCUGGCUUGGUAGGCAGAUUAGAGGACGUGAAACAACAGGUCGCGACUAACUCCCUCGAGGGGUUCAAGAAGAGCGUGAAUGCGCUUUUUGAGUAUGAUUUGAAAGCGAAGAUGGAGGGGGGACGGGUGAGGGGCUGUUUUGUGGUGGGGGAGAAGGACGGGGUGUUGCCGGGGACGAUGAGGGAGAUGGCUGUGAGUUAUGGUGGGAAAGGGGGGGCGAGAUACGAGAUCAUUGAGGGAGCGGGACAUUUGCCUAUGGUUGAGAAACCUGGGGAGUUCGCUGAGGUGGUGACGAGUUUCCUACGGGGCUCGUAG